GGCGCGGCAGCGGCGGCCGCUCCGCGGCCCGGAGCGGCAACGGGAGUGCCACGAACUGCCCGGGAACACGCGCGGCAACAACGGGGUUAAAGGGGCGGGGUCUGGGGCCGCGCCUCACGUUAAGAUGGCGGCGCCCGGCUCGGCGGCGGGGUUCCCGGAUGAGGCGGGGCGCCGCGAUUGGCCGCCGGGCCUGACCACGCCCCUUUCUUUGUACGGUGUCAUGGCGGCGCCCGCUCGGCCGGGCCGGCGCGGGGCGGCACUUCCGGUCCUGCGCAGUGCGCGGCCGCGGCCGCUCGGUGGCAGCGGCGCCGGAGGAGCCGCGCGGGCCCGGCUCUGACCACGCCCCCUCCCCUCUCGCCAUGGCCACGUCCCCUCAGCCAAUCAUCGUCCUGGACGACGAGGACGAGGAGGAGCGAGGCCCCCCCCCCUCGCCGCCAGGCCCCUCCCCCUCGCCAAGCCCCGCCCCCAGCCCCGCCCCUCCCCCAGCCCCCACCAUGGCCACGCCCCCGCCGAACGGGGCCGGGGGGGGGAGGGGCGGGGCCUUCUGGGAGGAGAACGAGCGGCUCUUCCGGGAGUUCCUGUCGGUGUGCGCGCCGCUGACGCAGGAGCACCCCGAGGUGCUGCCCUUCCUGAGCUCGCGCCACCUGCGCGCCCACCCCGACUUCCGGGGCUCGGCCGAGUUCCGGAACAUUCUGGGGCGGCUGCUGCGGCGCGUGCGGGGCCGGCGCCGCAAGGUCUACGUCUACAUCAACGAGCUGUGCACCGUGCUCAAGGCGCGCGCGCUGCGGCGCCGCCUGCCCCUGCGCGCCCUGCCCGCGCCCCCGAGCCCCGACGGAACCUUCCGGAACCCCGACGGAACCUUCCGGAAUCCUGAUGGAACCUUCCGGAACCCUGAUGGAACCUUCCGGAACCCUGAUGGAACCUUCCGGAAUCCUGAUGGAACCUUCCAGAAUCCUGAUGGAACCUUCCGGAGUCCCGAUGGAACCUUCCAGAGUCCCGAUGGAACCUUCCAGAAUCCUCCCAGUGCCUCCCAGUGCCCUCCCGGCUCGUCCCAGUGCCCGACCAGUUCAUCCCAGUGUCCCGACGGAGCUGAGCCGUCCCAGUGUGCCGCCACCAGUUCAUCCCAGUGUCCCACUGAUCCAUCCCAGUGUCCCCAGGGCUCCUCUGGCGAUCCCGGUGCUCCAUCCCAGUAUCCCAAUGGUCCGUCCUGGUGCUCCGACGCCUCCUCGCAGCAUCCCGGCGGUUCAUCCGCCAAUCCCAGUGCCUCGUCCCAGUAUCCCAGCAGCUCAUCCCAGUGCCCCAGCAACUCAUCCCAGUGUCCUGGUACCCCAUCCCAGCAUCCCAGUGCUCCAUCCAGCAAUCCCAGCGCUCCAUCCCAGCAUCCCAAUGCUCCAUCCCAGUGUCCCAGUGCCCCAUCCCAGCAUCCCAAUGCUCCAUCUCAGUGUCCCAGUGCUCCAUCCCAAUAUCCCAAUGCUCCAUCCCAAUAUCCCAAUGCUCCAUCCCAGUAUCCCAGCGCCCCAUCCCAGCAUCCCAGCACCCCAUCCCAGUAUCCCAGCGCCCCAUCCCAGUAUCCCGGCGCCCCAUCCCAGUAUCCCGGUGCUCCAUCCCAGUAUCCCAGCACCCCAUCCCAGUAUCCCGGCGCCCCAUCCCAGCAUCCCAGCGCCCCAUCCCAGUAUCCCGGCGCCCAGCCGCAGCCCCCGGAGGCCUCGGGCCGGCGCGCGGGCGGCUCCCGGCGGCAGAUCCGGCACCUGGAGCACCUGCUGCGCGUCUACGCCAGCGAGAUCCGGCGGCUGCAGGAGCGCGAGCUGGACCUGGCCGAGCUGGACAGCGCCGACUCGCCGUACCUGCAGGAGAACCGCCUCAAGCGCCGCAUGAUGCGCAUCUUCCGCCGCCUCUGCCAGCUCAAGGACUGCAGCAGCCUGACGGGGCGCGUGCUGGAGCAGCGCAUCCGCUUCCGCGGCACGCGCUACCCCGAGGUGAACCGCAGCAUCGAGCGCUUCAUCAACCGGCCCGACGCCUUCCCCGACUACUCGGACAUCCUGCGCGAGAUCCGCGGCGCCAGCGCGCGGCACCGCCUGGGGCUGGGCCGGCGCCAGAUGGAGAGCAUGGCGCAGGAGGCGUUCCGCGAGGUGGGCAACCGGCUGCAGGAGCGGCGCCACCUCGACCUGGUCUACAACUUCGGGAGUCACCUCACCGACGAGUACCGGCCGGGCACGGACCCGGCGCUGUCGGACCCCGAGCUGGCGCAGCGGCUGCGGCGGAACCGGCGCCUGGCCCUGGCCCGGCUGGACGACGUCAUCGCGCGCUUCGCCCAGCGCCAGGAGCGGCACCGCGAGAGAGGGACGGCGCCGCGGCCCGGAACGGGCACAGGGAAACAGG